AUGGAAGAAAAUAUGUCCCAAAGAUGGUCAAUUGGUCUUCAGUUCUUCGCCAAUAAAAACUAUUCAUUUCACCGUACUAUUGAUAGAAGCCCAAAUAAUGUGUUAUUUGGAAAUGACCCGAAAGUUGGAUUGAACAGUUCAAGACUUCUAAUUGAUUUUGUUCAGACUUUAAAUUUUAUGACUGUGUGGUAAUGGUUGUUCCACAAUUCGAUAGAGGACCUACAGAUCCACUAAAUAUUUUAUGCUUAAUUGUUGAAAAAAAAAUUAUGUACUGUAUAAGCUAAAAACUAAAAAUAGAAUGAUUAAAGGAUGGCAUGGAAGAGAUUGCUUGAAAAUACAAGAGCGAUUUUUAACGAGUGACGAGAUUUUGUUGGAAAAAGAGCUAACUGUUCGUAAGACUGUAACUGUUACAACAGGUGGACAUGGUGUUUCUUGUUGUUCAUGUAAAUCUAAAAGCCAAAAGGUGUGCUUGUUUAAAAAAAAAAAUUGUUCACUUCAUGGAAAAAACGGUUUCACUAAGUAG